UCCGAAAGGAUCGAACGCCCCUCUUCGCUAAACCCACCUAAAGCCCUAAUUCCCCCAAAAUCUCCCCCAAUUUGAAAAAAAUGGGCCGCCGAAAGGGCGGGAACAAAACCCUAGCUCCCUGCAGCAGUCAGAGAAACGAUUCGAGCAAGGGAAUCAACGAAUUCGACGCGGAGAUGAGCGCGGUGGGGAGCGAAGAUGAAGUGGUCAUGGCUGAAAGGACCGAGAGCUCGAAUCUCGAGGACGGAAGCGAAGCCCUAGCUCUGGUUGGUGGGGAUCAGACCAGCGCCGAUUACUACUUCGAUUCGUACUCCCAUUUCGGGAUUCAUGAAGAAAUGUUGAAGGAUAGUGUCAGGACAAAAACAUAUCAAAAUGUUAUAUACCAGAAUAAAUUUCUGUUCAAGGACAAGGUGAUUCUUGAUGUGGGUGCAGGGACGGGUAUCCUCUCUCUUUUUUGUGCAAAAGCAGGGGCUAAACACGUGUAUGCGGUUGAGUGCUCUCUCAUGGCUGACAUGGCAAAAGAGAUUGUUGAGGCCAAUGGAUUUUCUAAUGUCAUAACAGUAUUGAAGGGAAAGGUUGAAGAGAUUGUAUUACCUGUUACACAUGUUGAUGUCAUUAUCUCUGAGUGGAUGGGUUACUUUCUAUUAUUUGAAAAUAUGUUGAACACAGUUCUGUAUGCACGUGACAAAUGGCUUAUUAAUGGCGGUGUUGUGUUACCAGACAAGGCUUCUCUGUACCUAACCGCAAUUGAGGAUGCUGAGUACAAAGACGACAAGAUUGAAUUCUGGAAUAAUGUAUAUGGCUUUGACAUGAGCUGCAUCAAGAAGCUGUCUAUGGUUGAACCUCUAGUUGAUACAGUGGACCAAAAUCAGAUAGUCACAAAAAGCCAAUUGCUCAAGACUAUGGACAUUUCUAAAAUGACUCCAGGAGAUGCUUCUUUCACAGCACCAUUCAAGCUCGUGGCAGAACGCAAUGAUUAUAUACAUGCUCUUGUGGCGUAUUUUGAUGUUUCAUUUACCAAAUGUCACAAAUUGAUGGGGUUCUCUACAGGACCAAAAUCCAGGGGGACUCAUUGGAAGCAGACUGUUCUGUACCUUGAAGAUGUGCUGACCAUUUGUGAAGGUGAAGCGUUGGUUGGCACUAUGACUGUUGAGCCCAACAGCAAGAACCCUCGAGAUGUUGAUAUCACGGUCAAAUACUCCUUGAAUGGACAGCGCUGCCAGGUCUCUAGAACUCAGCAUUACAAAAUGCGGUGACUUGCAUUUUUUUUUUCUUUCUUCCCCCCUUCCUUUUCCCCUCUUUUUUGCGAGUGUAACAAUGAAAAUUAUUCUAAUAUGCUUUGCUACGAGUUAUAUUAUUUCCAAAAAGAAAUUGUUUGCUGAUACAGAUGUGAAGUAUGUAACGUAAAUUGUGCAUCACAAUUAUUUAAUUCAGUUAUCAUGGAUUAUUUAGUGCA